AUGGAAGCUGCUCUUGCUGCAUGCACUGUUCCAUCGCCCCGAAUCCUCAAACCUAAAUCUCGUUUCAGAAGUUCCUUCUCCAAUCAAAGACCCAUUUCUCCAUACUCCUUUAUCUCCAAAUCCUCACCGCCGAAAUCCAAUCGAUUUACUGCCGCAGUUUCAUCAUCACCACCGUCAUCGAUCGCUACCUCAACGAAUUCUCCGCCGGAAGCUGAACCCAAACCCGAUUCCGGGUCGGAAAAGUUCGAUUGGUACGCGAAUUGGUACCCAGUGAUGCCAAUUUGCGAUCUGGACAAGAAGGUUCCACACGGGAAGAAAGUUAUGGGGCUUGAUUUGGUGGUUUGGUGGGACAGGAACGAGAAUCAGUGGAAAGUGAUGGUUGACACGUGUCCUCAUCGUCUUGCUCCGUUGUCCGACGGAAGGAUCGAUCAAUGGGGGAGAUUGCAGUGUGUCUACCAUGGAUGGUGCUUCAACGGAUCCGGCGAUUGCAAGCUCAUACCUCAAGCACCUCCUGAUGGACCUCCGGUCCACACUUUCAAGCAAGCUUGUGUAGCUGUUUACCCAAGUACUGUACAGCAUGAGAUCUUGUGGUUUUGGCCAAACACUGAUCCAAAGUACAAGGAUAUUCUUGAGACGAAUAAGCCUCCUUACAUUCCAGAGUUGGAAGAUCCAUCAUUCACUAAGAUGAUGGCAAAUCGUGAUAUUCCUUACGGGUAUGAUGUGUUGGUGGAAAACCUCAUGGACCCGGCUCAUGUUCCCUAUGCACAUUAUGGACUAAUGCGGAUUGCUAAACCAAAAAAGAAGAUUGACAGAGAAGGCGGAAAACCACUCGAAAUCACCGUAAAAAGGCUAGACAAUGAAGGUUUCUUUGCAAAACAAGAAUGGGGAUAUGCUAAUUUUAUCGCACCAUGUGUGUAUCGUGCUUCCACAGAGCCUCUAACAGAGCAAGAAAACGAGUCUGUCACAUCAGCUGCAUCUGACAAGGCGGCAAUGUCAAAGCGCAAAUUGUCGUUAAUCUUUAUAUGCAUUCCGGUCAGCCCAGGUCGCAGUAGGCUAAUAUGGACGUUUCCGAGAAACUUUGGCGUAAUUAUUGAUCAGAUUGUUCCUAGAUGGGUGUUCCACAUUGGUCAAAACAAGAUUCUAGACUCAGAUUUGCACCUCCUUCAUGUCGAGGAGCGGAAGAUACUGGAGAGGGGGCCUGAAAACUGGCAAAAAGCUUGCUUUAUCCCAACGAAAUCAGAUGCUCUCGUGGUUACAUUCAGAAGAUGGUUCAACAAGUACAGUGGGUCUCAAGUUGAUUGGAGAGGAAAGUUUGAUCCAUCUCUUCUUCCUCCUACGCCUCCUCGAGAACAGCUCUUCGACAGGUAUUGGUCGCACGUCGAGAACUGCAGCAGCUGCAAGAAAGCUCACAAAUAUCUCAAUGCGUUUGAGGUGAUGUUGCAAAUUGCAUCGGUUGCUUUGAUCGGAGUUAUGGCCGUGACCAAGCAAAUCACAAUGUCUACUGUGGCAAGAAUCGUGGUGGUUGCGGCGGCUGUUUUGAGUUUUGCGGCUUCAAAGUGGCUAUCACAGUUCAUCUACAAGACAUUCCAUUACCAUGACUACAACCAUGCUCUUGUUUGAAAUGGAUAUUGGUGUGUACAUAACCAGAACCUUGCUCAUGUUAUAAUAUAAGAAACCUGGGCUAGUGCCUCAGAUUUUUUGAGAAAAUCUUUAGAACC